UGACAGCUUGGUUAGAAAGCUUUAAAAAUUGUGUUAAAUCUAAAAUAAUUAAAAGAUAAUUGUGAAAUCGUGAAUCAAAAUGGAAAACAAACCUGAAGAACCAAUUGCACCUGAAAAUCCAAUAUUCACCGCCAUAGCUCUAGGUGAUCUGGUAGAGUUCAAGAACAUCCUCGCCCAACAUAAAGGCAACGUCGAUUUCUUUGACGAAAAUGGUAUGACGGCACUACAGCACGCAGCAUAUAAGGGUAGCAAAGAAAUGGUGCAAUUAUUGCUGGACAGAGGCGCAGACGUAAUUUCUGGCAAACAUGAGUAUAAUUACACGGCAUUACACUUUGGUGCAUUAUCUGGUAACUCGGAAGUGUGCAAGUUGCUGUUGGACGCUGGAGCAAAGCCAAUCACCACCAACUCGGUUGGCCGCACCGCCUCGCAAAUGGCAGCCUUCGUUGGUAACCAUCACACCGUCGCCACCAUCAACAACUAUGUGCCUUUAAGUGAAAUCUCCUUCUAUUCUGUCCCUCAGGGACAACAAACGGAACCCUACCUUCCUCCAUUCUUAGUUGAGCCAUUACACAAGUUUGUUCUCUGUGUAAACAUACAUCCAGUUAGGUUAGGACUUAAUUUACAACACACACCUGCAUUAUUAGAUAAUGCAGACAAAGUAAGCAAUGUUCUUGAGAUGCUUUGCAAAAGAGAAAUGACUAGGGGUAGUGAAACAAAUGAAGUUAUGUCAUUUAAAUAUCACUACCUUGCGUAUGUUAUAAGAGAAAUUAACAAUAUAAGGGACAAACAGAAACCUAUUGGCGAUAAAGAAGACAAGAAACAUGAUAUUGUUGAAAUGUUUGCAAAGAAGCUCUUAAAGCCUGGAAAGGAUGGUGUGUCUUUAGAUCUAAUGGAUUCUUUUCUGAAAGAUUGUGUGCGAGAAUUCCCAUACAGAGAAUGCACAACAUUCCAUCAAAUGGUAUCAUCCUUAACAAGCAAAGACCCUCCACCUGCUUUGUCAGUCAUAAACUGCACUAUCAAUGGCCAGCGAGGGUUUGUUGAUGCUAUUCCUUAUUGUAGCACAUGUGGUGAAGAGAAACCAGCAAAAAAGUGUUCUAAGUGCAAAUCAGUGCAAUAUUGCGACAGGGAGUGCCAACGUCUGCACUGGUUUGUUCAUAAAAAGGCAUGCAAUAGAGAACUGAGUGUUCCUGUUAUUACAUCUAAUUCUAAACCAACUGUGGAUACUGCCGAAUUGACGUCGGAACUACAGAAUUUAGUCGCAGGAUAGUCAAUUUGUAGUUGUUGAAAGUAUAUGUUAGUUGAUAAGGCACAAUUUUAUAUUUGGCAUUUUAUAUUUUGUUGAUGCAUCAACUAAACUUGCUAUGUGCAUUUCGUAAAGUAUUUAGAUGGCUUAAGAAUCAAAUAGUAAUAUUUGUUUGUUUUAAGUAUAAUAGUCAAUUUUUUCUUAGCUAGCUAAAUGUAAUCUUAAUGUAUGUUUCAAUGCUGAAAAGUGCACAAAAGAUGUUUUUAAAAAUUUGGACCAUUUGAUCAUGUUAUUUGACUUAAACUAAAGAAACUACCCGCAGACUAUGCUUCUGUGUGGAUAUGGUAUACGAGGAUCAAUAGUGAUAUAAUGCAUACUGUUUCAAAUUCAAGUAGGCCUAAUUUAUAAGCACUUUUGAAACGACAAGUCAGUCUGUUUGUAGUGACUCUACCACCGGUUCGGAAGGCAGAUUCCACUGAGAAGAGCCGGCAAGAAACUCACAACACAAACGUUUAACAAUAUCUGUGCAAGUAAUCAUACCAAUAAACAACUUUCUAAAAUUCAUGUAGCAGGUUUAAUAUGUGUACCAAUGAUUUGUAUUCCAUGUGCAUUUAGAACUUAUUUCAUGUGACAUACUUAAAUCUAUUUAUAAAUAAGUAGGGAUCGUCUUUAUAAUGUAUUGUUUUGUAGUACAGUAGAAAUCUGCUUAUAAUUAUUAUUGCAUUGAAAGAAAAGAAAAUUAAGUAGGUCAUGUAUAGCAGCAAGCUUCAAGGUGUAUCCUUAAAAGAAAACUCAUAUUAUGAUUUUAUUCGAUAUAAAGAAAAUAGCAUUGGGAUAUUUGUAUGAGCCUGUUAUAUUUCACAUAAUCAAAACAACAACAACAAAACUUAAACCAGCUCAAUAAAAAUUGAAGGAUAUAUAUAUAUAAUCAUCUAUACAUUGUAAGGAGUCAUUGUUGCUGAUUGUUAUAUCAUACAAAUUUGUGUUAUGCAGGCUACAGACUUUUAAUUAUAUUUGAUUUUAAUAAGCCAAUUUGAGUAUAUUUGUGUACGCUUUGCUGUGACUAUGUGGUGAUUGAUGUACAUGUCAAGUUCAGGUUCAGAAGACAAACAAUUUUACAUUAUGCAGAUUUGGUAACAUGAAUAUGUAUGUACGCGUCGUCAGAGCCGCUAUUGCUAUCAACAUAACAAGUGACGAUUAUCUGUCAAGUUUGUAUGGCGUUAUCAAAUUAUGACGUUCGGUUCUCCAUAUAAAAGGACCAUAAAUAAUUUGCUUUUUCGAGAACUUAUCAAAAACGUCGAGUAAAAUAAAACUUAUGGGCUUUAUUUUAAAGCUCACGCACAUACAGCUAGUACCUACUGCAGCAUUAAACCUUAAAGAGCUCGUUUUACACCAUGGCGACUCAACAGAGACUCCAGUCCAAUGCUUUAUUUGAGUUAAUAUGGUGUGCGAAGACCAUAACUGUACUUAUCACGCAAAUUGGACGACAUACUUUUAGGUCUGUCACCUACAUCUCGUCAUAACAUAGCAAACGGUCAGUAAUUAAAAGAGAAGUCAUAGUAAACGGAUUAUACUGUGAUCAAUAAUUGUAACAUUGUGUCUUAUUUUAAACACCAAUAUUAAAAUAUACAAUAAGGUUACGUGCCGAGUGCUUUUAAAAUGUGAAUUGGAUGUAUAAUAUUAAUAUGUGAUCUAAGAGCUGGUGGCAAAUUUUGAGGGGAUUUACGAUAAAAUUAUAGAUGAAUUUAUUCAGGUCUAGCACCUGACGUCUUUUUUCAGUUCUACAAAAUGCAAUGGAUGGGUUUUUGAAGGGUGGAUAGUAAAUUGAGGAAAAUUGCGCCAUCUCGAAAUCGUCGAUAGCGCUAUAUUGAAUCGACAUCACCGUCUUGUCCGCCGGUUUUCUCUGGUCGUGGUGAUGUGGCACGCUUGAAUAUCCGUCGCCACUCUUCUCUAGCAGCUGCCUUUCUUGAACACUCAUGUAGCAGCCUUAAUAAUAAUCUAAUAAUAACCUUUAUCCCUGAGUCUGCGCUCAUCUCCGCUCAAGUCUGCCAAUCUCCAUUUUAUUCACUAAUACCUCAAAAUUUGCCAUUACCUUUCUGCCUAUAAAUUGUAAUUAAUAAUAAUUAAAAGCUACCUCCAGAAUUGCAGUCUUAUCCAGUUUGUAAGAAAUAAGAAUAAAGCGCAGGUCUAACCAAAGCGUCCCAACUUGCGUCCGUGGUAAUUUGCGUUCUCCGACCAAUCACAGUUGUGCCGUGUGGUGACGGCAGAUCAGAUUACAGUUGUCGCUACCUUUACUCUCCCUAAGGGAAUAUAACGGAGACCGGGCAGCAGAUCAUCUGUGAUUCUAUUGCCAUACGUUGCGAUCACCAACCCGUCUGUACAGGUGAUUUUGGGCAAACCCUUCCGUUGAAAGAGGCCUUUACUCCAGUGGACUGUUAUAGGCAAUGCAGCCAACCCGAAACCUCGGUGGCGAUUUUGCGUGCUACUUGUGACCAAUCACAGAACUCCUGCUUAAACUUGCGCGCCUUGUUAUUGGUCGUAAAGCACGGCGGACGGACUAGUUCAUUUUGGGCUUGCCUUUGUUCAAACCGAGUUGUAUUAACCGCACGCAGGAUGCAAAUCACGUCACCGCUGACGUAUGUCGGACGCUCCGGUUCGGCUUGCGCUUGAAGCCUUUUUAUUCUUGUUGUUGUAACAGUGUUUACUAAAUUAGAAUAAUCAAUGAAUGUGUCACUUUAUACGUUAGUAUCACUUUAUUUUAUUGGUAAUAGAUUGAAAUAAAAUUAUACAAAAUUCA